AUGUUGUUAUCUGUGUUCUUAUUCACAAUUUUGUGUCGAAGCGAAGAUGUCUAUAUUUCAAAACACUUUGCAACAGCCACGCCAUAUCCCCAAUAUUACAAACGCGAUCCAACUAUAGACCAUUAUGAAGUCAUUUACUCAGAAUUGGUGAGUCGUCAUGGAGCAAGAUACCCCACAGAGAAGAACACAUUGGCUUCAAUUGCUCUUUCGGAGCUUCUCAAUUCGAAGUCUCACAUUAAAUGGGACAGUCCAUUUACGUUAGAAAAGCAAGGCCAGUUAUGUGAACGAGGCGAAGACGAGUUGUUGAGGUUAGGGACAUAUUACAAGACUAUGUUAAACAGUCUUUAUAAAGGGAAAGGUCUUUCACUGUUUAAUGUGAGUGCUACAGCUGUUCCCCGUGCACAAGACAGUGCGGUGUAUUGGAUGAAAGGGUUUUCCUUUGACGAGCCCGAGAAUUUGAAACUGAUUGAAGAGAAGAAGAUGAACAUCACUGUCGCACAGAUUGAAGACGACAUGUUACUUUACUUUCACAAGUGUUGUCAGAAAUAUAUAAAAUACAAAAAACUGCCGUCGACGAAAGCGGAGAGUAAAAGUUUCAUGGAAGCCGCGGCUCUUAAAAUUUCAAAGCAUUUUGUGAGUCAAACAGGACUGACUCAAAUCACUCAAGAAGAAACUUUGGAAGCCACUGCGGCGGCUUUUAAUUCAGCUGUGUAUGAGUACAUCGUCUUUAAUAAGACAAAUGGAUUACUGAAAUACUUCAGUGUUCAAGACGCGGAGGUCUUUGAAUAUGCUAAAGACCUCGAAACCUAUUUUACUAAGAGCGUGUCGACGGCUUUGAAUUAUAAAAUGGCUAUUCCACUGUUACAUACCAUUUUGGAGGCUCUUAGGAAUGCUAUGGAAAACAAUAAGGAAAAGCACAAACAAAUUGUGUUGGGAAAUUUCAGGUUCGCACACGCGGAAACAGUUACACCGUUGAUGGUGUUAUUGGGCAUUAAAUACGACAAAUAUCCCCUCACAGCAAAACUCCCAUUGGACCUCAAAAUUAAUCGACAGUGGAAAAUGUCGGAGCUAUCGCCGUUUUCUACACAUCUGAUGUUCGUUGUACUCAAGGACAAAACAGGCAAUUACUACGUGAGAACAUAUAUGAAUCAAAGACCAGUGGUCGUACCACCGUGUCCUUCAUCGACUAUAUGUGAAGCGGAAACGUUUUUAAAGUAUUAUUAUAACGUCACUCGUGGAUUUGACUUUAAUGCAUUUUGUGAGAAUUGA